AUGAGGCGCCGCGCUAAAGGUCGAGCAAACAGAGCCCUGCCGCCAGAGGACUGCCGCCAGAGGACUGCAUCCACUGACGACUUCAACGGGCUUUGUGUUGACAUUAAAGGCUGUCGGUGGAGGACGUUUAGCAUAGAAAUGAGCACCGAGAAGAGAAGAGCGAUGGUGCCCCUGCCGCUGCCACACGCCCAGGGUCCACCAUCCGUCCGGGCAGAUGUGCCUGGGGCCGCUCGUAUCCGCCGUGAUGGAUCCGCCUGGGAGCCUCGUUACGCAGGAUGGAGACGUGACACGCUGAGGCUGAAUCACGGCCGCUAUCUUUAA